UAAAUUAAUAAAUUAAUCAGAAAACAUUUUCGAGAAACCAUUUGCAAAAAAGAAUAGAAAAACAUAGAAUAAUAGAGGUUCCUUGUGCAAAAUUAAAUUAAUGAGAGAAUUUCAAGAGUUUACACCCUUUGCCAUGCGAUAGUUCGAUCAAUUUCUUUCCGGGAUCAUUCUUUGUUGUUCAUCUUCUUCAAAAAACACGGGAAAAGUUGCAUUCAAAAACGGAAUAUCGCAACUUCCUUGCUCUUUAAAAUGGUCAUUGAACAGGAAACACACCUCAGACUUCCGCAAGGCCCGCUUAAAACUCGGUGAAAAAAUUGGUGAUGAAUGAGGAAAUUCGGAAUAAUUCACACAGAUAAAACGGUGUCCGAUUGAUAGGAAGUUACUUUGGAACCGGAAAGCUUGAAGAGAAUCUUCAAAUUUCAUGAUUACUUAAUUAAUGAGCCAAUUUGUUUUAUCAAACCAGAAUAAAAAAGUUAAUCGUGAUGCAAUGCUUUUUUGGGGAAAGUACUUUUAAAAGAAAGUGAACAAAAAAUGAUAGCCCGAGCUUUUAUCUUGACUUCCGUAAUGAUUUAUUGAGAGGAAGCGACGAAAAAGAAUGAUCCGAAAGAAAAAUAACAUUUUAAAUCGACCUUUGAAACAUAAUACGUACACGUGUAUAAAAUGCUCCAAUUGACGUUCAACGAUCCAAAUUUUUCUAAACAUCUCUCCACCAAACUUAGUUUCUGAUAAGAUUCAUAUUGGUGAAAGAAUCAGAGCAUUACUAAACUUCGCAAUUUAGUAAAUACAACCUAUUAUAAUAAAAUAAUCUCUAUGAAUUGUAGGUUUAUUAGGAUUCUACAACGGUUCCGUUUAUACAAAAAUAUCGAUUUAUAAUACGAUUAAAGGUGCGGGCUAAAGGGUGAGAAGUCCAUGUGAAUCCAAGUAUUAUUGCGGCAAUUUGGCAAAAAAAGUGAAAUUAAAUAAUCAUAUAUUUGUUUGAAAACAGCAAGAGUACGUUUGCGGGGAGUGAUUUAAGCCCUGAAAUAAUGACACUCAUCGAGCUAAUAUUCAACUAAAAGUCAUCCGAUUGCAACCAACGCGGAUUAGUGCAAACAAUGGGCACGAGCAACCAUUGAAACUCGAAGUGCGGCAAAUUCAAAUUCUGCGCGGUAAAUUCAAAUCGUGGGCGGGAAAUUCAAAUCUACCAACAUGAAAACACACGCGAUCAGCUCCGAGCGACGAAGCUUCUUCCGGAGGAACCUGGCGGAGGUCGUGGUCCCCACGAUCCUGGACCCGAAGAAAUCCCUGGACGCCAUCGACAUUCCGAAGGACAUCGAGUUCGUGAAGAAGACCUGCCGGAAGGACAACCUAGUGUGCAGGGUCCUCGCGCGGCUGUGCGGGUUGCAGACGGACCCCCGGUGUGACGUCUCCUUCGACGGUAGUGCGGAAGAGCAGGCCUCCGUGUUUAUCUCCAGAAAAUUGGAGGGCGAUCCGGGGGUGACCGCCCCCGAUGCGGCCAGCGGGGAGACGGCGUCUUCGACCGGCUCCGCCCCGUCCCAAAAUGUCGAAACUCACCAAAGAACGAAGCUAGGUUCUAUAUUCCUGUCAAUAAUCGCUGUGUUAAUUACGAGUAUAGGUUGUUUCACCUUAGUCCGAACACCUUAUGAUAUUCUAAUGAACGAGAGGCUGAAAAUGGUUAGAGGUCUACCAGCCUUCGAUUGGUGGUACACACCACCGGAUGAGGUUCUACUUCGAGUAUACAUUUUCAACAUAACCAACUCCGAGGAGUUCCUAAACGGUAGUCAUACCAAACUUCACUUUCAAGAGAUAGGUCCUUUAGUAUUUAGGGAAAAAUUGAGACACAGUAAUGUCGUUUUCAAUGACAAUGGCACCAUGACCUACGUCGCUCAUCGCACAGCCCAUUUUCUACCCGAAAUGACGAAUAUCAACCUUUCAGCGGAAGUCAUCCAACCGAACCUCGCAGUCCUGGGUAUGUCUUCGUAUUUGUGGGAUGCGAGUUUUUUCACGAAAAUGGGCUUCAACGUUCUGAUGAACAGGCUCGACUCAAAACCAAUCGUUAAGCUAACGGUGAACCAAACGUUGUGGAACCUCACGGAUCCUCUACUCCAAGUGGCCCGGGUAAUGGCUCCCAACUUGGUGCCUGAUGACAACAUGGGAUUCCUCCAUCAGAUUUACCACAAUUUCAAAGACGAGGUGACGGUUUUCAUGGGCCCGGAAAACUCGCGCCGCUUUUUCACCAUGGAACACUUCAACGGAAGUCCUCGACUAAACCACUGGAGGAACGAGACUUGCGAUUCCGUUUAUGGUGCCACCGAAGGAGUAGCUUACCACCAGUUCAUCACGAAAAACGAUACGCUUAGAUAUUUUAGGAAAACCAUGUGCCGAGUCACCCCUCUCAACUAUAAAUGUGAUGUUGAAAAGUUAGGGAUGACCGCCUAUAGGUUUGAACUCCCUCCGAAUAUAUUCAAUCGCCCAGCAGAUGGCGGUGAAGAAUGCUUCAAUCAACCACACCUACCUUACUUGCCGUCAGGAGUCUCGGAUGUAUCACCUUGCUACUUUGAUUUUCCUCUGGCUUCAUCAUUCCCCCAUUUCCUCAAUGCUGAUCCCUCCGUGAGGGACUCUGUAAAAGGGAUGGAACCUAAUGCAGAUAAACACGGAUCCUUCGUCAUAGUCGAACCCACGACAGGCGUGCCGAUGGAGAGUCGGGCGCGGAGUCAAAGUAACUUAGUAGUGCGGCAAAUAACUGGAUUUCCAAGGAUUGAACGAUUCAGUAACAUGAUUAUUCCCAUGUUUUGGGCCGAAUAUAACCAAGUUGGGCUACCAUGGUAUAUAUCCGGCCUGAUGUACUUCACCGUUAUGAUUCUGCCUAAGAUCCAGGCGCCUGGGAGCUUUGCGAUGGCACUUUUGGGUCUCAUUCUUUUAGUUGUAGUAGUCCGCCGCGAGAUAGCGCACCGCAAAAAGCGCACCCUUAGCUCCUACAGUUCUCUCGACCUCUUGCCUUCGACCUCUUCGCAGGAGAGUUGAUGAUCCCGUACAAUGCUGCCAUGGUAAGGAAAAACGCCGUAUGAACAUUCGGGAGUUACCAAAUUCCCUCCAAUAUAAUGUUUAUUUU